UUGUAGACGAUCUUACUCCGCUUUCAUCUUCCAAUCUUGUUCGGGAAAGAGUGUAAGCAAUGAAUUUUACCGUACGCACCCGUCUCUUCCCUCCUCUUCUCUUCCACUCCCAAUAAAAACCCGAACCCUCGCUCGCACCACUGCGUUCACCAUCGUGAAAAAGUUGUUGCGAAGUUAGGAUUUGAGGGGGAGAAGAAGAAGGGACAUGGCAUCUUCAGAUGAUGAGGGAGAGGCUCAGGCACUAUCUGUGUCGAAUUACUAUUUUGUAGAUGACAAAGAUGACGAGCCUGUGUGUUUUUCCGUGUUGCCAAUUCAGUGGAGUGAGUCUGAGAGUCCAGUUGGCAAGAAAAUGCAAUUGUUCUUGCACGGUUUUGUGGAUAAUGGACUACAGAAAUUUUUCGGGCAAGUCGUUGCGUGGAGGUUUGAUUUUUCCUAUGUUAGGCCUGAGAUAUCAGUGCUAUCAAAGGAUGGAAGAUGGAUUAUACUUGAGAAGCCUCGUAAGAGCUAUGAGGAUACCAUAAUAAGGACUACUUUGAUCACCACUCACUUCCUUAGUUAUGUGAAGAAGAAUCCUGACUCAUCUGCGAAGUCUGUGUGGGAUAAAUUGAGUAAGAAUAAGGAGUUUAGAUCUUAUGAGGUUAUGCCUUUGCAAAAAGAUUUAUUAAAUCAUAUGGCUUUAAUGGGUGAAGCUGCCAAAAGAGACACUGCCUUAGAAAAGUCCAAGCUUCUGCUCAUGGUUCUGGAAGAUAAGGAUAUGCUGAAGAUUAAAAAACUUUCUGAUGAGGAAGUUAAAGAUUUAGCACGACCUGGAUUUAUAAUUGAUGAUAUUGACAAUGGUAUGAUUGAUGAAGAUUCAGAUGGAGAGGAUGAGUUGUUUGAUUCUGUUUGUGCGAUUUGUGACAAUGGUGGUCAACUUUUGUGUUGUGAUGGAAAGUGCAUGAGGUCAUUUCAUGCUAAUGAGGAGGAUGGUGAAGAAUCUACUUGUGCCUCUCUUGGUUUUAGCCGGAAGGAAGUUGAUGAGAUCCAGAACUUUUACUGUAAAAAUUGUGAAUAUAAUCAACAUCAGUGCUUUGCAUGUGGCACACUAGGCUGUUCUGAUAAAUUUUCUGGUGCUGAGGUUUUCAAAUGUGCUUCUGCAAUCUGUGGUUUCUUUUAUCAUCCACAUUGUGUUGCAAAGUUACUUCAUGGGGUAGUUGAGGAUGAUCUGAAGGAACUUGAGAGAAAAAUUGCUGAGGGGGGACCUUUUACUUGUCCUACUCACUAUUGCUGUGAAUGUAAAGAAAUGGAAGACAAGAAGAAACAUGAUUUUCACUUUGCUGUUUGUAGGCGGUGCCCCAAGUCGUAUCAUCGCAAAUGCUUGCCAAGGGUCACAGUUGAUCAUGGGCCUCAAACCCCCCCCCCCUUUGGACUUAAGGCAGCUUUGGCUAACAAGUUUAUAGAUAAACCUCUCACGUUUAGACCGAAGCUCCUGAUUCUCACAGUACCACCAGAAACGGAGAGGCUAGAUGAAAAACGGUCGCCUUAUGAUCUUGUCUGGGACGAUAAGAGUUUUCUAUUGGGAAAGUCAUUUUAUCUACUGGGAUCAGUUGAUGCAAACGACAGGCAGAUAGAGCAGUGGAAUGUAAAGCCACCCCCACUCUACCUUUGGAGUCGUCCUGAUUGGACUGAUAAGCACAAGGUCAUAGCUCAGGAGCAUGGUCACUUUAUCAGCCAGCGGGAGCUGUCAAGAAUCAAAAGCUUUGAUAAAGAAAAAUCACCGGCCAGUCAUACUAUGGAUGAUAGUUAUGGUUUUGAUAUCAUGCCAGGUCACAAUAUCUUGAAUUCAACUGAUGCACCUAAGGAUGAGGGCCAGACAGGAUGCUCACCACAUGGAAAUGUUGAUCGAGAGAGUCAAGAGAGACUGGAAUAUAGGGUGAGAAAGGCUGAUAAGACCUCAUGGAAGAGGAAACGAACUGAGGAAAACGAUGGAAGAUUAGGUGUGACAUCACCACCCAAUCCAAUUGAUGGGAGAUCCUCAGUUGAACGCUUUCAGCCCUGACCUGAAAUGCCACCUCCAGAUUAUGACCUUGGUGAUAAAAGUUAUAGGCAUAUGGAGCCCACCUCUUCCUCACGUAUGGGGGAGAUUAGAGCAGCCUAUAGCAGGACCCAAAACUGGCCCAGUUUUGCCAAUCCCCUUUAUGAUUCUGGGAUUACAGAUGUAGGCGAACACCGUAGCAGCCUUCCGAGAGACACUGCCCAUAGCUUCAAAUAUAGACCCUAUGCCAAGGAGGAUGAGAACUAUCUUAAGGAAUUAGACACUAGGCAACAGACUCGCCAUUAUGGUAUUCAGAAUCCUAAUUCUGUGACAAGCAACUAUCUAUCUGGUAGCCAUCAUCACAUGGGGCCAAGUUAUCCAGCCUGUGGUUUGGCAUCUGAGUCUCCUUAUGUGAUGAAUACACCAGCCAUGCAGCGAUAUGCACCUCGCCCGGACGAAUUAAACCAUGCAAGGAUGGAUCCUUUGGGGUCUUAAUCUGCUAUAGUUGGUAGAAAUGGCGCUUUUGAACAUAGUGCCGCCCCACCUGGAUAUGGGAGUAGGAUGCCAGGUUUUGCAGCUGGUUCUCACCAUGUGUCUUCACGCCAGAAUUCCGCAGACUGAUUCAAUGGGUAGUUUGAAUGUCCAUUUUUUCGUUUUCCUCGUCUACUUUAGCAUAAAAAUGUUGUAUGCGUUAUCCUGCAGAAAUCAUAGUUUUUUUUUUUUUUUUUUGGUGUAUGCUGUAUGCUAAAUCUUCGGUCUAUUUCCUUCCCAAAGAACAUUUAGGUUUUUUCUUCUUUUUUUGGUGAUUUCUGUUUCCUUAAAUGGCCAGUGUAAUUGAGUAAUCAAUCCUCUGUAUAUGCAUGAACUUGGAGUGGGUAUUAUAUGUCAGAGUUCACUAUUUGAAAA